CGGAUGAAGUAAUUGCUGGCGCACAAUUGCAUUACGCAUUUUCAUUAAUAAAAAAUAAAACUGUAAAAGACAUACAAACAUUUAUUAAUUAUCUUAAUCAGUCUGCUGAAAAUGGUAACAGUAUAGCUCAAUAUAAUUUAG